AUGCCUGCACAGGUGCCGACAUCACUAUCGCAUCUUACGAAAGCUGGCACGGUACAUAUCAGGAUGGCCGACAUCAAAGAGCCCCAGGCCACGAUGCCUGCUUGGUUCGAACAAAACCCUUCACACGACCAUGUUCCUCCCGAGACCCAGCGGCUUCUCGAAACGUGGAGUGGAAUCCCAUCAGAUGACGUACUUGAUCAUGUUGUCCAACUUCGUGAGAAAGCCUGGAAGGUUCAUCCAUAUCCUUGCAUUGGGCAGUUUCGGUUUCUCGAUCCCAGUUUCUCCGAGCUCCCGGAUGAGCGCAAAGAGAUUGUUGAACGCCUACGCAAAGGUCAAAAGCUGUUAGACAUGGCUUGCUGCGUCGGCCAGACUAUUCGUACGCUUGCGAACGAUGGAGCACCGACUGAAAAUCUAUUCGGUUGCGACCUACUACCGGAAUUCAUCGACCUGGGCUAUGAGUUGUUUCGGGAUCGAGAGAAGCUCAAGACGAGAUUCUUGACAGCGGAUAUCUUCGACCCUCAGUCAGCGCUCACGGAUAUCCAAGGUCAGAUGGAUAUGGUGUAUGCAGGGUCAUUCUUCCAUCUGUGGGGAUACGAGAAACAAGUCGAAGUCUCCAAAGCCGUUGUCGCGUUGCUACGCCCUCAACCAGGCUCUACGAUACUCGGUCGACAGGUCGGAGCCACCGAGCCCCUCGAGAAGGACGGUCCUACAGGCACGAUGUAUCGACAUAAUGUUGAAAGCUUUCAGAAGAUGUGGGAAGAGAUAGGCAAGGAUCUCGGCAUCAAGUUCACCGUGGAUGCCAAGCUCAAGCCGCUGGGUAAAGACCAUCUCAAAUUCCAUCUGGACGACACUACAAGGCGGCUGUGGUUUGUCGUACGCCGUGGAUAG